UGUUAAGAGUACAGAGAAAUCAUUUGGGCUGUGCUUUGGUAUCUAAGGGUGGGGUUAUUUUUACAUAUACAACAGAGCGAGGCCUUCCUGGGACUUGGGGGUUUUUUUUUGGCUUCCUGGAGAAACAGUAGAAAAUGCAAAACAACGAAAUAAUAAAGCCUGCUAAAUACUUCUCAGAAGUGGAAAAGAGUGUGCUGCUUGCAUUAGUUGAAAAAUACAAAUAUGUACUUGAGUGUAAAAAAAGCGAUGCAAGAACUAUUGCAUUGAAACAACGUACUUGGCAAGCGCUUGCCCAUGAAUAUAAUUCUCAACCUAGUGUAUCACUGCGAGAUUUCAAGCAGUUAAAGAAAUGCUGGGAAAAUAUCAAGGCACGGACAAAAAAGAUAAUGGCACAUGAAAGACGGGAGAAAGUAAAAAGAAGUAUUAGUCCACUUAUAAAUACUCACAUCAUAGGGAAAGAGAAGAUUGCCAGCAUGAUGCCUGAGCAAAUGUACUUUAUACAGAGUCCACCAGAAGAAGAUUCUGAAUAUCAACCUGAUGCUUCUAACCAAGAGUCAUUUGCUGUCUCAAACAGAGAACUGUGUGAUGAAGAGAAAGAGAUAGUACAUUUCCCAAUAUGUGAAGGCACCUCCCAACCUGAGCCCUCAUGUUCAGCUGUCAGAAUAACAGCGAAUAAAAACUACCGAAGUAAAGCCACUCAGGAGGGAGCUUUGAAAAAGAUGCACGAGGAAGAGCAUCACCAGCAAAUGUCAAUUUUACAACUGCAACUGAUACAAAUGAAUGAAGUGCAUGUGGCAAAAAUACAACAGAUAGAAAGGGAGUGUGAGAUGGCUGAAGAGGAACACCGGAUAAAAAUGGAAGUGCUAAAUAAAAAGAAAAUGUAUUGGGAGAGAAAACUGCAAACCAUCACAAAAGAAUGGCCUGUAUCAUCCUUUAACAGACCCUUUCCUAAUUCACCCUAGAAUUUAUGGUGGGCAGAGAAAAUCUGAUUGAGCACAUUGUUACUAAGGUGUAUUGGCAAGAGGGUCUAUUAAAAUUAAUGUAGUGUGACAGAGUGGAUGUUCAGUCAAUAGUGAACAUGUUUGGACUCCUUAAUACCAUCUAGGAAUACAGAUUGGAUGAGUCUAAUAAGGAAAAGUUCUAUAGUUCAUUUGUGGGUGAGCUCUGAAAGUAAAUUGUCUCUUCUUUGAGUUUCAGAUAUGCACAGUAGUACUUGUGAAUUGUGAGCAUAACGUUUGUUCCUCUAUCAAGUUCCAACUGCCCUUUUUUAAUCUAGGAAGUUCCUAUAGAGUAGACACCCCUGAAAUUUGAGUAUGGUUUAAAACUUCGGCUUUACAACUUUACACUUUAAAUUAUAUUGCCUGUUUUCUAGCCCUUUCCUCCAUUUCCUGGUUGAAGGCAGGGGUUGGAGUCAUUCUUUGUUCUCACACUGAUCACAGCAGAUAUUUGACAGGCAGUAACCUAACUGCUAUACAGGGACAUAGAGGAAAUCCCCUCCCCAUCUUUCUUUUUUUAUUACUAUUUUAUUAUUCCUUCUCUGCAGCAGGUAAGUGAAAAUGAAGGAGCCAGUGAGGAGACAAGAGGACCAUUCUAGUAGGUAAUUUGCAGGGAAAGGAAAUCAAAACCUCCAACCAGCUGGCUGAUUGAGACGAUGGUUGGGCAUUGGCCUGCUCGCUGCUAGGGCCAUAACUGUUGGAAAGAGGGAAAGAAGAGGAUAUUUUCCCAGAAGCAGCUACUUUUGCCUGCCCUCUCUCAGUCCUAUCCUAUCACCCAGAUAUAUAUGCAGGAACUAGAAGUAGGUGAGGGAAGAUGCUACUGCAGUUGCUAGAGAAAGAAGACCGCCCCUUAACUGCACUGUACACCUGACAUCAUUCUGUGGAUAAAAGCUUUUCUGCUGCUUCAUGUAGCUCUUAAGAAGCAGCUGGCUGGCUAUCUUGCCAACAAGCAGUUCUUCCCAGCAGCCAGCUAAUGGAUUUAGAUCUUGCUCCUUAUUAGAAGUGAGGUCUGUUGUGGAUCCUGCUCUUUUCUCACCAACUCAACAUACUUCUAGAGGUAAAGGCAGAUUUUCACUUGGUGCGGUGCUCUAUACCUGUGAAUUCUGUCUGCUUGGCUGUGUCCCACAUGUCAGCCCAGAGCCACCCUGCCUCUGCUAUCAACCAGGGAUUCCUGUUGUCUUUAUUUACUUAUAUGUAUCAGAAUAGCACCUAGGGGCCUCAACAGAAACUGGUGCCCUCUUGUGCUAGGUGCUACACAGACACAAUAAAAGAUUGCCCCCACCCUGAAGAUCUAGGCUAAAGAAGACAAGGGCUGGGAAAUGGGCAAUACGAAACCAAGGGUAAAGUAUUAAAGUGCACAUUUUAGAACAAAUUUAGAGGUUUACUCUAAAGGAUCUUCCUCUAUCCGAAAAGGUGUUUUGGAGGGAGAGGCAUUUUAAAUGAGCAGAAAAACCCUUAUUUUUUAUUCAGUUAUAAAAUUGAGAGUUCCAUUAUUUUAAAUGUAUUUUCCCCCACAGAUAAUGGUUAAUAGGAAGAAAACCAUACAUUAGCAAUAUUUUUCAAAUGAAAACAAAUUUUAAAAGGUGUCAUCUUCCCUCUGUUGUGUUCCACCUCCUGCCUCUUCUCUGGAUUUCCUUCCUGCUGCGAGCUUUCAUAUUUAUUUUUCUCUUGGUCACUUUUCCCUGCUGCUGAUACAUACUUGUAGGCUUUGCUCCGGUCAGUCAUAAUAUGCUGCCUGCACCAUAGUGGUGAAAGUGAAGAGAGUGGUGCUGUUUCAGUGCUGCUUCUCCUGAAUGAUUGACAAAAUCAGUUCUGGCAGAGAUGCAGCAGGCACAAACAUGAGGCUGGUAUGAAAUCUAAAGGGCAAUUCUAUUGGGUAGCAAAAUCCCAUUCUCAGUGUGGAUGGACUCCCUCUUCUGGCAAUUGGCUGUAAGAAGGAGAAGACAGUAGGGCGUGAGGGUACUAAUUCUGUUGGCCUGAAAGGAACACAAUGUUGGAGUGUGGGACGAUAAUCUAUGAUUCAGGGUAGGGGGAAUUAAAGAGGAGAAUUAGGGUUGGGGAGGGCAAUUCUUUGAUCUAAGGUCUUGAACUGUGGUUUAGGGGGUGAGAAUGCUUUGAGUGGAGAUGGUGAUGGCCCAUGCACCUAUUAAAAAAAAAAAAAAAAAAAGGUGGGAUGGAGACUAUAUAUUAGUGUCACACUGAGACUGACAAGGCCCUCCCCAUACUGCUACUGGCUGAAAACCACUCAGAACUACCCAGCGUAAAAAAAUAGGUAAGGUAUCAGAAGGUGAGGAAAAGAAACAUCUUGAGAGUUGGGGAGGGAGCAGGAGUGAAGAGAGAAUGUGGAUUUGAAUGGGAUGGGCCUAGAAGAUAAUACAGCAUGCUCCAAGGAGAUUGUGAUAUCACCUCAUUUUUGACUCUUUAUGGUGAUAGCACUGCUUUAUGAGAUACGUUUUUAUUUUUAUAGUCCAAAGAAAUUCAUUUAAAUUACGCAUAUUUUCAGAUUACCAAGUGGGUGAUGUCUCAGAUUGGAUAUACACCCUUAGAGCCUUAUUCACACAGAGUAUUAAUUAUGAAACCAAAAUGUACAGCAUUUGGAGUGGACAAGAGGGCCUUUGAAUUCAGUCACUGUUGUAAAGAAGUAUAGCAGAAGGAUUGGAAUUGGAAAGAACAAGAUAAAAAGUUUAAGGAAAGGAUAUCUAGUGUGAGUAUUAUGCCUAGGGACAUGGUGUUGAGUACCACAAGAUGUCUGGAGACAUUGGAACAAUAUAUAAGGAAGUCUUACUGAUCCAGCUAGACUUACAGAAUGAUUAUUCCCUGUAUUGUCCUAAUAUAUAUCCUCUUGGAUAACACUUAAAGUUUUUCCUCUCUCUUCUUUCUGGCUUACAUCUUUAUAUCCUCCAUUAGCUGUUUGGCCAAGAUUCUUAGUUUUUUUUCUAAAUCUUUUCUCAUAAGUAAAUCCCAGCUGCCCUAAACUAUUCAUUUCUCUUCUCUGAAUUUCCUCCAAAUUGUUUACAUCUUUCUAGUAUUAAGGUACCCAGAACUGAACAUGAUGGGCCAAAAUUAUCCCUGGUUUAACUCCAUGGAUGAUAAAUUAUACCAGUGCGGCAUUUGACCCAGCAUUCCAGUUGUGGUCUGUUUGUUCAUACAGAGAGAAACUGUCAUCUCCCUGGCCAUGACAUGAUGCAUCUGCUUAUAUUGUCCAAUAUCACAUUGACUUUUUUUUACUGCCAUAUCAAAUUGGAGCUCAUCUAAUUUGCUAUCCACUGUCACAAGUAAGUCUUUUUCUGCAUUACUUGUUUCAAAAUUUCUGUCUCUCAAGAUCUGUUUCAUUUAUUAUUCCCCAGUAAUACAAGCUUGCAUAUUUCCAGGUAGAAUCUCAUUUUGCUGUUUUCUGCCUUUGGCUUUGAUCAUACUUAACCCAAGAUCUGUGCACAGAGUGGACCCUUCUUGCAUAGAUCUCCUUCCUGCAUGGAAAGUGGGCUCCACUUACUGCAUGCACAGUCACAUACCCGUUCUGCUGACCCCAUGAGGAGCCCUUUGGGGACUUGGCGAAGGAAGUGGGGAAGACUGGGCAAGCUAGGAGAAAGAAGGGGGUAGAGGGAAAUGUUGUUUCCUGUCCAGCUCUAAAGAGCUCAGACAGGAAAGACUAUGGCCCCAGGCUGUAUGUUAUCUCUUCAGCUGAGUCCUCCCUCAGGACCAGAACUGGUUCAGCAGCAGUGUCUGCAUAGGCGGCCCUGGCCUUCCAUUGUUCCUCGGGGAUGUUUGGGGUGGGCUCAGUGGCCUUUUCCAACACUCCCUGCCCAUAGGAUGAUCAUAGAAUAUCAGGGCUGGAAGGGACAUCAGGAGGUCAUCUAGUCCAACCCCCUGCUCAAAGCAAGACCAAUCCCCAACUAAAUCAUCCCAGUCAGGGCUUUGUAAAGCCUGACCUUAAAAACCUAAGGAGAUUCCACCACCUCCCUAGGUAACCCAUUCCAGUGCUUCACCACCCUCCUAGUGAAAAAGUUUUUCCUAAUAUCCAACCUAAACCUCCCCCACUGCAACUUGAGACCAUUGCUCCUUGUUCUGUCAUCUGCUACCACUGAGAACAGUCUAGAUCCAUCCUCUUUGGAACUCCCUUUCAGGUAGUUGAAAGGAGCUAUCAAAUCCCACCUCAUUCUUCUCUUCUGCAGACUAAACAAUCCCAGUUCCCUCAGCCUCUCCUCAUAAAUCAUGUGCUCCAGCCCCCUAAUCAUUUUUGUUGCCCUCCGCUGGAUUCUUUCCAAUUUUUCCACAUCCUUCUUGUAGUGUGUGAGAAUCUCCAUGAAAGGAUUCACAUGGAAAGUUCUUCAUCUAGAGCCCUACCCAUAGGCCUUACCAUGCAAGGGGAGUAAUCUCUCUCUCUUUUUUUUUUUUUAAUAUCUCUAGGACCUGUUGUAUUGUUUCUCUCACUUUCCUGGUGCUUACAGCCAGUUUUUCCUCACCUGCUGUACUGGCACAACCUUUGAUUGAUGACUGUUUCAAUUUUCUGUUUAAAGAAUGCUGAGUUCAGCCACAUUAGAUACACUUUUAGAGUUAACCCUUUUUCUUGUUUAAAUGGGCACAUUGUAUGUCUAGUAUUUCUUUUUCCCAGGUAUUCUUUAGAGUUCUUACUUGCUGAACCAGUUUGGCUAGACUUAACUCAUUCAUCUUUAUUUUUUCCUUCAACCCUCAACUGUCUCUCCCAGGCCACAUCCUCAGACCAAAUUUCAGUGAUUGUGUGCUGCCCUAAAGAGGGAGCCAGGUAUUUCCCUGCUAUAAGGGAAUCCCCUGGGUGACAUAAAGCUGGCAUAGCCAGCUCUAUCAGCACCUGCUCUUCCUUCCCACUGUGUAGGGUGUGUGUUGGAGCGAGGCUAAUGUACACUGUACUCUGACCAAUCACUGGUCCCUGGAGUGGUCCCUAGAGGGACUUCUGCAGCUGACAUAAUUUAGAUCAGCACUUAGGCUGCUCUAAAUGAUGCUAGGGUCAAAGCAGCCCCUGGCUGCCCUAGGACUAGGGGAACUGAAAGGAAGAUUCAGAGCCAAAUUCUUGUUUCAUUUCCAUUCCUCCUUACUUGUUUUUUGUUUUUUAGUCUCAAAUUUAAACAGUUCCUCCUAAAGACAGAUUUUUUUUAUAAUUCUUCUGAUGCAUGUUUUAUUUUUGUGCCAAACUCAUAAAGUCCACCAUCAGUUCAGUCCUGUGGUUUCAUACAUGUGGGUAGCUUAUUCAAAGAUGUUUUGUAUGUGUCAGGCACAGAUAGCAGUUUCACCUUGUGUUUUUCAUGCUCUGUUUCCUUACUCAAUGGAGUUCCUGCUGUCUGUCUCAUUAUCAAACUAUCUCACUGUACAUGCCUUUCUGUAAAUACUUCAGACACUAUCCACCUUUUCCUCUCUUUCUGUCUCCUGUCAGAUAUUGAGAGGUAAUCACAAUAUCUUUGUAAUGUGAGUAUUAAUGCGUUACUAAAAUUAAUAUAUUUAGAUUAGUAAAACAAACACAAUAAAAAGAUGGUAGAAUAAUAUGACAGAAAUGUUAACACGAUUUAAGAAAUUUUAUACAAGGCAGAUGGUCAAUAAUUUUGAAGAAUGAAAAGAACUUGUUGCCAACUGUAAAAAUAAAAGAACUACCAAUUUUGUGCCAGUAGAAAUAUACACAGUGCUCUUUGCUUUUCCAAACUCAUAGAAUUAUUUUGGUGCUUUUGAAUUCUGGGGGAUUUUGCAUUUUUAUAUAUUUUUUAAACAUGGAAUUACAUAGAACAAGUUAGUUCACUUAGAUGUAAAGCAAGUACACAGGGGAAUGUAGAUAGACUUUAUGGCAUAAUAAAAUAGCACAUUAACACAUUGGAUAUGCCUACAAAAUUUCAGAUACUUAGACACAUUUGUUGAUGCCUCCCUCCCUACAACAUUCUCACAGUCCCUUGCUUCCUCCCUUCAGUACCUUGAGUCUUCUCCCGCUGGUUGCACUGUGCUUGAUAUUCUCCAUGGGAUACCAAAGCUCUUUCCUCUAGUGCCAGCAGUUUAUCUUUCAAGGGAGUUUGUGAAUGGGCCAGAUCCACUGCACAAUAUGUCCUCUCAGUAUGGUCUUUCCUAAAAAACAUUCCCAAGGUUUGCCUUUGUUUGUAUUUUGUUUUAGGCACUAACCAUACCAAACAAAGCUUGGGUCAGGAAUGCAAAGAGUUCACCACAGACAAUUUUCCUAGCUUCUUCUCAAACUAACUUAAUUCUGUGGUUUCUCCUCGCAGGGCACUUCCUGUAUCUCCCUCUAGCUCUCCUAUCUCAGAGAGCUGCUGAGUGUUGAUUUCUGAGCUGAUUAUAAAGAUACCCGCCUAAUCUGGCUAUCAGUGUGAGUCAGUUGAGUUGCUCUGCACCUACACACAUGGUCCUAAGACAUUCUCAGAUGUUGAAGGCUCCCCUUUCUCCACCCUCCUCUAAAGAGCUUCCCUUUGAGAAGAUGGACUACAUAUCCGUCAUACCCAGCCUCUAGUCAACUUUUCUUUGGGGAUCUAGAUACCUAUCCUUUCUGGCAGUAACAAUAAUAGGCUGCCAAAAGUGCUAGACUUUUCUACUUGCCCCCAAAUUAUACUGAAUGGAAAUUGUGUAUGUUUGAUGGCUGUAUGCCCCAGAAUGCAUGCUGUGUGCAAAAGGUAUUUGAGAGUUAUUUCUCUAUAGUUGGAGUCUAGCAGGCAGGCUGCCAAAUGUGCUGGGCACAACAAUCAAGGAAAUAGAAUGAGGAGGAGGGCCUAUUGGACAGUUAUGGGAGAUAAUCAGCUGUGUUGAUGGGGGAGUGCAGAUGGGGUCACAGUGCAUAAUCAAACUGAUAAGAACCAAACAGUAUCUUUGUCCAGUCUUCUGACUGAUCUUGAAGAAAUUUCCCAAUAUUUAGAAUAGCUAGAAAUCUUCUUUUCCCCUUCCUUUCCCUGCUAAGUGCAGGCUGGAUGGAAACUAGAGAAUUCUUUCCCUUAAAAAAAAGUAAGCUAGAUUUUAGAUAGUGCUUAUUAUUUAAUUAUUAUUUAAUUUCUUAGUUUGUUUUUAUGUACCUCGGAAUUGUAAGUGUGUUUGUUUUCUUUAUGCUUUAUAAGCACACUAUGGGCUAUAUUGCUCAGUUCCUGGCUCUGGAGGUUAAAAUCCCUAUUUAGCCAUGUUUGUUGUCAUGAGGGGAAGACAGAUGUGGGGUCACAUUGCAUAUAAUUUGUGCCAUAUCAUUCCCAUCUUUGAACCCUUCUCAGAGAUCUAGGGCCAUUCUUGAAUGCUCCUGUGUCAGAAGUUGGUGUUACAUGCCAAGUUAUAAUUAUUUAUUGUACAGCACCAACCAGGUGGUAGGUACAGUGAUGGAAUAUAAAACCACCAAGCUGUGUAAGGUGGGUUUAUUUUUUUUUUUACCAGACUUACUCCAGAAUAUAGACUGCAUCACAGGAAUCUGACUGGGAGAUUCAUUUGGCCCAGUCAUGGCCUGGUACUCCAUGUUCCCUUGGCAGAAGUCAAAUAUAGGGGAAUAGGAUCAAUGUUUUGUAAGGUCAGAUGCAUUCUUCAGCAGUUCAGUCCAGGACUUUGGAUACUUAACCUGUUACUCUCAGUGAGGUCUUGGGUUAAAAACUGUUGAACUAACCAUCUAAGUAUCCCAAAGAAAUUAUUCCUGAAGUCUAUGAGCUCCUCUGUUAAUUUUUGAAUACCCAAAACUGUUGAUCCUGGGGAGUUUGUACUAUUACAUCAGUAAGAAAUCCUAUCUGUUUUCUAAAGAACUUUUGGAUACUGUCAAAUCCAUAAACUCUACCCAUUAUGUUACAGAAAGUAUACAUCAAGUGGGUUAUUUGAUAGAGUUGGUGUUUUACUCCAAACUGAAUUUCCCCUGUGAUGGAAGUCAUCAUUGGUGCUUCCCUUAUGGAGAGUAGUGUUGACCCAGCUAAAAUAUGCUGUGAGUCAGCCUCUGCUCAAGAAACUAGAAUGUCCAAUCCAGUUAUUGCCCAAUUUCAGUUUUCCAGGCCAGACGUAUUUGAGAAGUUUGUUUUGUUUUUUAGACCUUCUAGCCUUACUUGGAAAGGAGUCUAAGGUUUAUUAUUAUUAUUAUUAUUAUUAUUAUUAUUUUGACUGAUGGUUUUGAGACAACUUUCCAUACUGCUCUUACUCUGCUAUUUGUUUUUGACACUCUUGAUCAUGACUCCAUGCACUAUGUGGAGGAGAUGGGAUUCCUUUCAGCUACCAAAUCAGUGGUGGAUAAUCCUUUAUAAGCAUGGAGGCCCAUUAUCCUACAGCGGUCAGUUUUAUUGUCAUUAAAUAUGUACAUGAGUCUAUGCGUCUCACUGAUAAGGUGGCAUGGUUUGAGGUGUUAUCAAUAAGCUGCUAAUAGCUAUCUCUCUACUACUGUCUCUAUUACUGUCUCAUUCCUUCUUAGUACUGUAUCUGCUUUUUUACUUUCAGACUGAGUGCAAGACAACUGAAUAUUGCCUGCUCUCAGUUACACCUAUGUAAUCCUAAUGAAGCCAAUUACUUUGUAUGGAAAUAGCUGAGAGUUGAAUUUGCUGUUAAUUAUUUUAUACUAAGUUGUCCAGAGGCUUCUGGGCACUAAACAAUUACGGUUUUUAUUAUUUAUUAUAAAGCAGUUUGGAUGAAACUCUUCCAAACCUCUAGACCGAUUACAAUGCAAAGUAUACAAACUGCACUCAACUAAGAAUAGCAAUUAAUAAAGAUUCCAUCAGAGUAAGAAGUACAGUUUUAGGUCACUUACAUUAAUCAUACCACUUACGCAAUGCCUAAUAUACACCAGGCUUUCAUUCCCAUUAUUAUCUUGGCAACUGCCAUUGAAGUAGACACACUCUAACAAAUGGCAAAUGACGUUAGCAGCCCCCACCCUGUAUAUAAUAUAUAUUAAAGCAAUUUAACAAAAUGAACAGCAUAAUAUUAAAAAGCCUUUUCUACUUACCACUUCGAACCUUUAUGGGUUUCUAUCAUCUGUGUAUAUUUGUGUUUAUUUUUAUAUUGUCUGUCUUGUUGAUUUUUAAGUGUCUCAGGUGGAAAUGAGGAGAGAUCUGGUCUUUUCUUAAUAUUUCAGUUCCUGGCUGUCCAGAUGUCAUAUUGUUUUAGAUCCCUACUGAAAAAUAGCCAAACCAUAAAUGCAAAUAUCAAGAUAUUCAGGUUUGUUUCAGUUCCUGCAGAACUAGAAUAUAUCAGCCUAAUUAACUCUCUUCUUUUUUAUGUUUUCUUUUUUGCCCUUCCAAUAAUAAUGUCAGUGGGUUGUUUUGUGACUGAGUGGCAUCCAACAUUACUGGCAGGGAUAUAAGUGCUGAGCUCCCAUAGACUUCAGUUGGAGUUGUGUAUGCUCAAUGCUUUUGAAAAGCCACCAUUUCAAAACUAUGAUUGGGAUUUUCAGAAGUAAUGUGAGAGAUUUAUGCCCUCAGAUCGCAUUGAGUUUCAGUGCAAGUUGGGGCCCUAACUCUCUUAGGCACCUUUUGAAAAUUCCACCCAACAAGGACCAAAAAUAAUCCCUCUUGUGGAAAAUGAUUUUUGUGUGUAGUUUUUCUUUAACUUCUUUCUGUGAUCUUUGAGGCAUUCUCUGACAAACCAAUGAGAAUCACUUAAUAUACAUUUGACUGUUAGGUGCCAUGAGUUUUUAUGGGACUGUUUUUACAAUACCAAGUAUGCACAUGAAGAAAAGCAAGAAUGCUUGGGGUGAAAAUUUUUUGUCUCUAAAAGGUGCUGUUGCUAUCAGUACCCUUACUGCCAGCCCUGUAGAGCUACAGUAGGGUGGCCCCUUUUUAAGAAGGCUUACCUUACCCCAAAAACAUCAGCUUUUCCUUUCCCAUGGCAACGACUCAGGGUGGUGUUGAAGGUUAUAGUGAGAGGUUCUCUCCGCUUUCAUUUUGUUUUAUCCUGCAGAGACUUACCUUCUUUUGCACCUACGUUUCACCAGCUGUGGAAUUUCUUUGGUCAUGGGGACUGUUAUCAUCUUUUAAAACCAAAUGGCGCACUUUCACUGUGUGCUCAGGGUGCUACUGAAUAAUGCAGAGACUGAAAAUAUGACCUGCAAAAUACUGCCAGCCCAAGAGCCUGAGAAUCCCAAGAGAAAACCUGAAUCUAGGUGCCUCACUUUUUAGUGCUUCUUGUGCAACUGGUCAAACCAUCAGGCAGCCACUCUUAAUUUACACUGGGUUGUAUUUAUUAUGUAAUAUUAGAGUCCGUUGUAUUUUAACAAUGUACAAAUUACAUUGUACAGUGUUUGUGCUUCUAUAGUUGGUGAGCAUCUAAUACAAAAUGAGCUUUUAAGUACUGGCCUGUUUGUUACAAAAAUAUCUGAAAAUGUGUAAAUUAUUUCUGAUACUAUGUAUUUUAACAGAGUAUUAGAUGAUAUCUCUUGUGGUCUUUGUCUUUUAUUGAAGAUGCAGUGAGUUUUAAAAAUUACAUUGAAACCUAUAUAUUAUUCAUUGGACCAAAACCCUUUUUGGCCUAAAGUUUUUCAUUGGGCCAGUCUGUUUUUAUUAAUAUAGCUGCCUCAGUUGUCUUACCUAUUUGUAAAGUAUUGGGUUAGUAUUUUAGUACCUCAGACACCACCAAAGCUAUUUCUUCCCCUCACAGAAUUAGUUUCUGGAAUUGUACGUAAGGAAAUUUAUGAAAGCAAUUUCUUUUAAACUUGUUAUGCCCACAUUUUUUAUUGCCAUAACCGGAGAACUUGUACUUAACUUUUUUGAAAAUGUGAGAAACUGGGAAUUUUUUAUCAUCUUUAUUGUGUAGCUAGUUUUCAUGGCAAAAUUCAUUGUUUUUCCCAUAGAAAAAAUUAUUAAAGGGGACAGAAGCUUAUUUUUCAGUAGGUCUCUAAAAUGUAUACUUUGUAAUGGUUCAGGAUGUAAGAAAUGUAUAAGAAGUAACAUGAGGAAGCUAUUCAAAAACUGUCAUCAGCUGAGAAGAUACAUAUACUGUAUGUCUGAAACUCACAGACUUUAUAAUAAGGGUGACUAGCUGUACAUUUUAGUGCCUUUUUUCUUGUACAAUGUGUAAUCAUAAAUUACUAAACAGAAAUAACUAAAUUUCUGACAAAAUGUACCUACUUAUUGUUAAUGGGAAAAGUAUAUUGACAGGAAGGUCUUAAUAAAUCAUCAAUUAUUAAG